UGUUCCAGCCGUCCGGACGCCAACGAGAAGAAGGGCGACAUCUGGCUGCUCCACACCUGAUUUAAUUGAAUGAGGGUGAACAGCACUUAGCAUUGGUCUGGGUCUGUUUUCUUUAGAAAGUUCUCCUUUGAGUCAGGAAAUCUGUUGCUGAAAGGUGACGAACUGGCGCAGAUUGUGGGUUGUCCGUGGACAAUGCGAGACAGUGGGGGUAGCCUGGCCCAGAACCGCUGGCAGGGAGACCUGGGCCUGACUGCUGUGGGUCAGGACAACACCGGAGGAGGUGGGAUUCCAGGAGACCACCUCAUAGACCCCGUGUCGGGCCACAGUGUGUCCAGCCCUAUGCACCUCAGACUGGGGCAGAAGGAAAAGUUGUGGACACGCGAGUAUGUAGAUGAGGAGGAUGGGACAGGUGAGAUCGAAACAAUAGGUGAUGAGGAGGAAGUAAACAAUCUGUACACUGAGAAUCGGAGAGAAGAAAAGGCCUGGGAAAACAAUGGAGAGGAAGAUGAAGUGGAAGAGGGGGGCCACCAGAAGAAAGGGGAGUGGGAGCUCUUAGGUGUUCCUUCCCAGUUCCCCCCACACCAUUAUUCCCAACAGCACCAGCAUCACGGACAACAACAGAAGGCAGAGAGAGUUGAUGAGGCCACCGUAGACACCGUCUUCUCACAGGCUGAAGGCAGAGACUUGUUCAGGUCCCACCUCAGUAGGUCCAGGGCCCUGAGAAGACCGAGGCGCCUGCCAUCCCAUGGAGUUCGGCUGGCUCAGAACUGGCAGAGCUGGCGCCUGAGGGCCCGCUUGAUAUGCUCUUUGGGGUACCAGUUGCGUCGAAGGGGGUUAAAGUACAAACUGUACGGCAAGCAAAAGAGGUUCAAAAGAUGUCGGCUAACAUCUUUCAGCGAUGGAGAGGAUGCUGGCAGUGAGGAGCACAUGACGGUGCCCACCACAGCUAAGCAGAUGAAUGGCCCCUCUUCAGAAAAACCAGAGGAAAAGGUGAGACGGGAAGCAGAGUUCAAACCUGUGGAAGUGGCUCUCAGUGAGGAACACACAAGCUGUGUCACCGGUAUUCUGGAAGAGUCACUCCAGCAGUAUGGCAGUUUGAUCCCCGUGCAUGUGGAUGAUAUUGUUGAGAAGCUUCAGGACAUCUUCAAAGAGGGCUUUUCCCAGCCACACAGGAAGGCAAUGGUCCAACAUCUCAUUCAAUCCUUCCAACGGUCAUCAGGAUCGGCCGUGGCUAAGACUUUCAGGGUCAACUACAAGAGACACGUUCUGACCAUGGAUGACCUGGGUACUCUGUAUGGACAGAACUGGCUGAAUGACCAGGUAAUGAACAUGUAUGGUGACCUUGUCAUGGACUCUGUUCCAGAAAGGGUCCACUUUUUCAACAGCUUCUUCUAUGACAAGCUAAGGACAAAAGGAUAUGAAGGAGUGAAGCGGUGGACGAAAAAUGUUGACAUCUUUCAGAAGGAUCUGCUGUUGAUUCCCAUCCACCUUGAGGUUCAUUGGUCACUGGUCAGUGUUGAUAUUCCACGCCGGGCCAUCACUUAUUUUGACUCGCAGAGGACUCUGAACAGGCGGUGUCCGAAGCAUAUUUUCAAGUAUCUGCAAGCAGAAGCCAUCAAAAAAGACCAGCAGGAGUUCUUGAUGGGGUGGAAAGGCUUUUUUAAAAUGAAUGUGGGUCGCCAGAACAAUGACAGUGAUUGUGGGGCUUUUGUUCUCCAGUACUGCAAGUGUCUGGCCCUUGGGCAGCCAUUCAGUUUUGGGCAGCAGGAUAUGCCCCGGCUCAGGAGGCAAAUGUACAAAGAACUGUGUCACUGUAAGCUGGUCCUGUGACCAUGUAUCCAUACCCCCCCCCGACUCCAACCAUACAGUGGGACAAUGAUUAAGGAAGGACAAGGGGAACAAACGAUUGGACGGAAAAAGAAGAUAAAAAAUAAAAUCUUUUCUGCAAACACCCAGAGAAACUACUACUACCAUAUUUGAUGUCAUUGUUUCCCUUUUGGGUUGUCAGCCUUUGUUUUCUCCAUCAGUUUGUUCCCAGUUAUUGACUGUGGUUCAGAGGUCAAGACUAGCUUCCAUUUUGAGAGUUGUUAGUCCACUGACCUUUCAAUCUGAAUGGGUAUCGGACAAAUGUGGGGAUGUGGAAAGAACCUCUGUGAAAUGAAUGCUUGUACCACCGUAAAGUUUUUACUUCCAUGUAACAGUACAGGUAGGUGAUGAGUUGAUUUUUUAAGCUUGCAGAUGAACAGUCCCUGUGAGUUUUACAUCCUGUCCACCCGGCAGUUUAACUAAACCAACACUGAAAGGCUAUAGUUAGGUUUCAAUGUAGUACAAUGCGACACUUCUAAAGUCUAUCUCAAGACCUUUCUUUAAGUUAGUCAAACUGGAUUUGAACUCUUGUGUGGGACGUUGAACUUGGGAAUAAACAGUUUGCUAAUGGAUUGCCAGAUGUCCAUUAGAAUGUUUAGGUCCAUGUAGUGCAACACAAUUUAACCCCAGUACCAGGAACACUCUACCUUUUCUACUGGAGGAAAGCAGUGGCUAACUUUGAAAUUUGGAUCUGUCUGUUGAUGGAAGCCCAGGCAAAGAACAUUGACAUAAUGGCUCCCAAAAGGUUAUAUUUACAUUGCAUUUAUCUUUUAAUGUGUUUUAUUGCUGUCAGUAUAUGUGAUGAUAUGCUUAUUGCUUUAAACUAAUGGUGUUAAAAGGACAAUGAUUUGUGUUAUUUUUGGAAUAAGUGCAGAAGAUGUUUUGUUGAGCAUUUCUUUUUUAAAAAGAAAAAAAAGCCAUUUUGGUAAGGACCACAACAGCUACCCCACAGGCACAGUACGUCCACAAUAGACUUACAGUGCUGUCUUUAUUUUUUUUUUAUAAUAAAAGUCUGGAUAUGUUUUGGUUUUUGCAUUUUUGAGUGGAUACAACAGAGUUGUUUUCUAUAUCUUCAAUGCAUUAUGGUUGCUGAAAAUAAAAAUAUAGCAAA